CGGAGUGAAGGUAGCGGGGUAGUCCAACACAAGUUAUUUUCCUUCAGAUUAGAAAGGCAUAUCGAGGUGAGCGAAAGGCGCAAGGCUAUACGAUAGUAGAAACGAAUAAACUCAGCAGGAAGUAUCGCGUGUACUGGUGGCAGUUGCAAGCCGUGGUUGCGGUGUUUGUGGAGCUGCGCGUCAUCAUGCCUUCUUCUAGAUUAUCGAGCGUGCGCUCACAUGUGGGGCAACUGUCAAAUUGUCAGAACUUCAUUUCAGCAGCCCACCUGCAUGCACGCCGUCUGACAAGCCUAUCAUACUCGAUACAAGAUACCUCGCUGCCGCAGUUCGACUGUUGUCGUUGUUGUGCUGCUGUCAGUCCCUUGACACAAGCUUCGCCGCCGCCGCCAUGCACGAGAUCGUCACCCUCCAGUUCGGCUCACAAAGCAAUUAUCUCGGUACUCACUUUUGGAACACGCAGGAGUCUUACUUUACCUAUCCGCCCGAGCCUGAAUCAGCUGUCGAUCAUGACAUUCACUUUCGAGCUGGAGUCGCCCCUGAUGGGUCCGACACAUUCACCCCAAGAGCGCUCAUCUACGACCUCAAGGGCGCGUUUGGGAGCAUGAGAAAGAUCAAUGCCCUGUAUGAGGCUGAAGAUGACAGAAGCAUACUAGAUCAAACUGGAGUAUGGCCAUCGAAACCUAUUGUACAGCGAGCCCAACCAAUCCCACAGUCCACCUACCAGCAACACCUUGACGCAGGCCUGGAACCACCUCAAUUAAGUACCUCAACUGUCAAAUACUGGUCCGACUAUAGCCGAGUCUACUAUCACCCUAAGUCAAUCGUUCAGCUAUCCGAAUUCGAUGUGAAUGACAGGCUCAUGCCUUUCCAGAGUUGGGACGUUGGCAUGGACCUCUUCGAAAAGCUUGAAAGGGAAGUGGACCUAGUGGACAGAGAUCUCAGAUUUUUCGUUGAAGAGUGCGAUGGCCUGCAAGGCUUGCAGAUCAUGACUGGUGUCGAUGAUGCCUGGGGUGGAUGGGCAUCAGGCUGGAUCGAGCGGUUGAGGGAUGAGUAUGGAAAGCUCAGCAUCUGGACGUGGGGCCUAGGUGACCAAGGUGCAAACACAACAGUACCGAGGGCAAGUAAACGCCUGCAGCAGAUCGUCAAUUCGUCACGAUCACUUCAGCCCCUCGCUGAACAGUCUUCCGUAUACAUACCAGUCUCCAACCGUCCAACUAAGGUUCCAGACUAUCUUUCCUUCGACGCAACUUCGGCAUGGCAAGUGAGUGCCCUACAGGCUGCUGGCGUGGAAAGCAUGACGAUAUCGUCACGGUUGAGAACUUCAAAUGGCAGGCACGGAACCCUACAAGACAUCGAGGACACCAUCAACAGCACAGGGAAGCGAAGGAUAGCCAAGUUCGAGAUGAGCAUUGCCGACCCGGACGUCUUGUCUGAGAAGACAACGGAAGGAAUCGCUAGAGCUGAGAAAGCUGGAUCUACGACCUUAAGGCGCACGAGCGAGAGCGAAACCCAGUUGAGUAGCUUCGACAUCGACGCGUUUUCCAAAGACUAUAGGCUAGCGUCGAGCAAAGGCAGUAAGAAGGAGCAUAUCUUCGCAAGAGCCGAAGCGUGUCGUGGGGCUUGGAGCUUGUCAGAUGAUGCAGGUCGCAACCCUCGGGACAAAUUUGGUGAUGGACCAGGAGUAAAAAAAUACACCACUCCCUUGCUAUUUCCGGUACUCGACAGCUAUCCAUCUAUUUUUGACGUGGGAUCCGGCCAUACAGAAAAGCUUGCUGUCCACGCUGGGCUCACAACGAGCACAGCUGUUGCUGAGCAAGUGCGAGCAAUUGAGCAGAUUGUGAAGCGAUUAGUGGCAGUCGACGAAAGAGAAGCGCUUUGCAACGGCCUGCAAGUGGUUGCUGAGGAAUACGACGAAGGGUGGGACGGCGACUUUACCGACAGCGAUGACGAUGAUUGAACGACUUUUACAGCGCUGCUCUUAUCCCAGCUCAAAUUUCAUUAGGAAUGCAUGCGACCUUCGCAGUCUGGCAUCAAUCGUUUCUCCCUUGUUGAUCCUGCGCUGUCAACAACACGAGGUGCCUUGCCGUUGUCGGACAAUCUUACCCAAGUUCUAACCUCGAACACACAACAUCCCCGGUGGACCCAUGCACGAUCAAACGCUAUCGAUAACGGACACGCACCGAAACGGCGCUUCAA